AUGGCUGGCGGCGGAGGAAAAUACCGGCACCUGGGCCGCAAGUCCUCGCAUCGACAGGCCCUGCUCCGCAACCUGGUUACCUCACUCUUCGAGAAUGAAUCGAUUACAACAACAUGGGCCAAGGCCAAAGAGGCGCAGCGGUUGGCGGAUAAGUUGAUUACACUGGGCAAGAAGAACUCGGAGGCCAGCCGGAGACGGGCAUUGGAGAUUUUCUAUAAACCUCACGAUAUCCUCCCUAAACUCUUCGGCCCCCUUCGCGAACGCUACGCCGAUCGACCAGGCGGCUACACCCGUGUGCUCCGUGUCGAGCCCAAGGAGAAAUACGAAUACUACUCCGUCCGCAAGGCCGACAAGAACGCCGUGCCUGAGCGCAAGCCUGCCGACCAAGCGCCGAGUGCGAUCCUCGAACUCGUCGAUGGACCCAAGGACAUGCGUUUCGCGAUGACGGCGCGCGCAAUCGCGCGCCAGCGUGAAGAGGGCUUCACCGAACACGAGCUUACCACUCUGAAUAAGAAGAAGGUCACGCAGUUCCGAAAGGACGGUGUCGAUGCGCUGGAAGCGGCUGUCCAGAAAUUGCAGAUCCGGGAGUCCGAAGCCGAGGUUGUGCCUGUGCUUCCUCACAGUGAGGAAUCGAGGGCUGCGCAGGAGGAGGCUCGGCGGAGUGAGACUCAGGCUGGUCGUCUGGCUCAGGAGGUUGAUGGGCUCAAGUCGGCGCAGUGA